CGCGGGACUACAUUACCCAUGAGGCAGCGCCGCCGCCGCCGGAAGUGUGUUGUGGCCCGAGGGUUUGUGGGAAGUAGGGCCUUUCCUUUCCGUCGCUGGGCGCCAUCAGCAGGUAGACAGACAUGGGUGCCUACAAGUACAUCCAGGAGCUGUGGAGGAAGAAGCAGUCGGAUGUGAUGCGGUUCCUGCUGCGCGUGCGCUGCUGGCAGUACCGCCAGCUGUCGGCCUUGCACCGGGCCCCGCGCCCCACGCGGCCGGACAAAGCCCGCAGGCUGGGAUACAAGGCCAAGCAAGGUUACGUUAUUUACCGUGUCCGCGUUCGCCGUGGUGGCCGCAAACGCCCAGUCCCCAAAGGUGCAACCUAUGGUAAACCUGUGCAUCAUGGUGUUAACCAGCUCAAGUUUGCCCGGAGCCUUCAGUCUGUAGCAGAGGAACGUGCUGGCCGUCACUGUGGGGCUCUGAGAGUCUUGAACUCGUACUGGGUGGGCGAAGAUUCCACUUACAAGUUCUUUGAAGUGAUCCUGAUCGAUCCCUUCCAUAAGACCAUCAGGCGGAACCCCGAUACCCAAUGGAUCACCAAGCCCGUCCACAAGCACAGAGAGAUGCGCGGGCUGACGUCAGCCGGGCGCAAGAGCCGCGGGCUUGGCAAGGGCCACAAGUUCCACCACACCAUCGGUGGCUCGCGCCGUGCCGCCUGGAGAAGGCGCAACACCCUGCAGCUGCACCGCUACCGCUAAUUCUUGUAAACGUGGCCGUCUAAUAAAGAUCAUGCAGGUUGUUCAGUUUAA